CCCGCCGCCCGGCCCGGCCCGGCUCCGCUCGCCAUGGGAGAUGUGGUCUCCACGCACCUGGACGAGGGUCGCCGCCAGCACAUCGCGGAGAGGACGGGGAAGGUGCUGGGCGAGUUCUGCCGCUGCUACAAGGAGCAGUUUGGGGUCGCUCUCUUCAACAGCGUCCGCUAUGAGAUCGAGGGCGCGGGGAGCCCGCAGGCCCAGCUGCUGCACCGCAAGGUACCACUGGAGGACCACGUCAUCUACUCAGGCAACAUCUUCCAGUACAUUGAGGAGAGCAAGAAGUGGAGGAACCGCUUCUGCGUGGUGCCCCACAACUACGGGCUGGUCCUCUACGAGAACAAACUGGCCUAUGAGCGGGAGCAGCCACCCCGGGUGUUGGUCAACAGUGCUGGCUACAAGGUCCUCACCUCCGUGGAGCAGUACCUGGAGCUGGUCAACAACAGCCUGCCUGGUGUGACACCGAAAUCUGGGCACUCUCCCAUCCUGAAGUGCCCCACGGAUUUCCCCCUGGUGCUGUGGCACCCCUAUGCCAGGCACUACUAUUUCUGUGUGAUGACGGGCAAGGAGCAGGAGAAGUGGCGGGCGGUGUUCCAGGACUGCGUGCGGCACUGCAACAACGGGAUCUCGGAGGACUCCCGGGUGGAGGCUCCCGCCUUCACGGACGCCAUCCGCAUGUACCGGCAGUCCAAGGAGCAGUACGGCACCUGGGACAUGCUCUGCGGCAACGAGACCCAGGUCCUGAGCAACCUGGUGAUGGAGGAGCUGCUCCCCGAGCUCAGGAGCACCAUCGGGCCCCGGCUGAAGGGCAAAGCUCCGGAGCGCCAGCGGACCUGGAUCCAGGUGUCAGAUGCUGUCUAUAGGAUGGUCUAUGAGCUGGCCAAGGCACAGUACGAUGCAGCUGUGGCCAGGUGUGAGCAGGAGCGGCCGCAGCUGGAGAGCACCAUCCGCACGGACAUGGACCAGAUCAUCACCUCCAAGGAGCACCUGGCCAGCAAGAUCCGAGCCUUUGUCCUGCCCAAGGCAGAGGUCUGUGUCCGUAACCACGUGCAGCCCUACAUCUCCUCCAUCCUGGAGGCCCUGAUGACCCCCACGAGCCAGGGCUUUGCUGAGGCACGGGAGGUGUUCUUCAAGGAGGUCACCGACAUGAACAUGAACGUGGUCAACGAGGGCGGCCUGGAGAAGCUGGUGGAGUACAUGGAGAAGCUCUCCCACCUGGCCUUCCACCCCGUGAAGAUGCAGUCGUGCUAUGAGAAGAUGGACCAGCUGAAACUGGAGGGUCUGCAGCAGCGAUUCGAUGUCUCCAGCACAUCUGUCUUCAAGCAGAGGGCCCAGAUCCACAUGAGACAGCAAAUGGACGAUGCUGUGUACACCUUCGAGACCCUGCUGCACCAGGAGCUGGGCAAGCUGCAAGGCAAGGACGAGCUGUGCAAAUCCAUCCAGCGCAUCCUCGAGAGGGUGCUCAAGAAAUUCGACUAUGACAGCAGCACUGUGAGGAAGAAGUUCUUCAGGGAGGCCCUGCUGCAGAUCACCAUCCCCUUCCUGCUGAAAAAGCUGGCACCCACCUGCAAGGGGGAAUUAGCCAAGUUCCAGGAGCUGAUCUUCGAGGACUUUGCCAGCUUCAUCCUGGUGGAGAACACCUACGAGGAGGUGGUGCUGCAGUCAGUGAUGAAAGACAUCAUGCAAGCUGUGAAGGAGGCGGCCGUGCAGCGCAAGCACAACCUGUACAGGGACAGCAUGGUGAUGCACAACAGCGAUCCCAACCUGCACCUGCUGGGAGAGGGCCUGCCCAUCGACUGGAGCGAGGAGUACAGCGGGCAGCCCGAGGAGCCGGCGGCCGAGCGGCGCCGCAGGGCCAAGCAGGUGGUGUCGGUCAUCCAGGACGACGAGGGGGCCCUGCCCUAUGGGGCUGAGGCCCUGCUGCAGCCCGGCUCCCCUGAGGCAGGGCAGGCAGAGCAGGCACAGCCCGGGGCGCCCCCCAGCCCCCCGGAUGCGGUGCAGGAGAUCCGGGAGGCGCUGGCACAGCAGAGCCUGGAGGACGGUGCCAGGCUGGAGGAGCGGCUGAUGAACGGCACCGAGGGCAGCGGGGCCAGCGAGGAGGGCGUGCUGCUGGCAGGGGGUGCCACACAGCAGGGCCCAGCCCGGGAUGGGGACGGGGUGAGCUGUGCCACAGCUGCAGCACCAGCACCUGGAGCUGAGGUUCCAUCAGGAACGGGCAGAGAUCGUGUCACACCAGCGUCCUCACCUGUCCCUGGAGCUGAGAUCCCUUCAGGAAUGGGCAGAGAACGUGUCACACCAGCGUCCUCACCUGUCCCUGCAGCUGAGAUCCCUUCAGGAAUGGGCAGAGAACGUGUCACACCAGCAUCCUCACCUGUCCCUGGAGCUGAGGUGACAUCAGGGGGGCAGCGUGUCACACCAGCGUCCUCACCUGUCCCUGGAGCUGAGGUCCCGUCAGGAGCUGGGACACGCCGGCCUGCACCAGCACCCCCUGUGCCUGGAGCUGAAGUGUCAUCAGGGGGGCAGUGUGCCACACCAGCACUGUCACCUGUCCCUGGAGCUGAGGUCCCAUCAGGGACUGGGAGACGUCCUGCACCAGCAUCACCUGUGCCCAGAGCUGAUGUCCCAGCAGAGGCUGAGGUGCCCCCUGUCACACCAAGAUCAUCUGUGCCAGCUUCCCCCGGCUCUGCAGCUGAUGUCCCAUCAGGGGCUGAGGUGCCACAUGUCACUCCAAGAUCUUCCAUCCCAGCAUCUGUGACCAGAGCUGAUGUCCCAUCAGAGGCUGAGGCGCCACACGUCACGCCAAGGUCAUCCGUGCCAGCAUCCCCUGUGCCCAGGGCUGAUGUCCCAUCAAUGCCCAGCGUGCCACAGGGCAUAGCAGCCUCGGCCAGCCCCCGAGCCAGUGUCACAGCAGAGGCCGAGGUGCCCCGUGUCACAGCAGCACCACCUGGAGGGCACAGCCCAUCAGCAGCGUGUCACCAGCACGGUGACAAGGAGCCAGGCGAGCCCAGGGGCACCACAGAGAGCGGUGAGGGGGUGCAGACUGAGUUCUAGCCCCAGCCCCUGCCAUGGACUGGCCCCGGUGACACUGGGGCUGAGGGAGGGGGACAGGACCCCCGGGAUGGAGAGCAGCACUGUGGGAGAGGGAGGGGAUGGGGACACCCAGACCUUACUGCCCAAGGGGGUCCCACUGCCACAGCCCCAUGGGUCUGACUGGGGUGGCCCCAGCCUGGCUUGGGGCAUCCCCUGCGCUCUGCUCUGUCCUUCUUCUGCCUUAUUUUCUUUCCUACUGAGGAGAUGCUUUACUGAAGAGCUUUACCUGCCCCCCACACCAGUGCCUGGGGCUGCUGGGGGGGCUGGCACUCGCCCUGCUGAGGGAGGGUGUGUGGGACACUCCUGGCUGUCCCCGGGGUUGUCCCUUCCCCAGUCUGGGGUGUUUCCUCAGAGCCUGCCCACUGCCACCCAUCCAGGGGGGGUUUCUGGGAGCGUGCCCACUGCCAUCCCCACCUGGCCAGCUCCAGGAGUGCCAGUGGGAGCGGGAACUGCAGGGGAUGAUGGCAAACAGGAUGGCAAAUGGGGACAUGACAGGGACAGCAAUGCUGGGGGGCUUGAGCCACCACUGAGGGCGAGAGCACUGGGAUAGCUGUGGGUUGCUGGUGCCCAGACUGGGCUGACAGCAUCCAAGUUGGGCUUACAGCAUCCAGACUGAGCUUACAGCAUCCAGACUGAGCUUACAGCGUCCAGACUGAGCUUACAGCGUCCAGACCGGGCUCCUGGUACCCAGGCUGGGCUCACAGCACCCACCCCCAGCCACCCUCACCCCCAGGAGCUAUUUCAGGAGCUAUUCUAAGGUCAGAGUUCAGUCUCUGGGGAAGGUGGCACCCAGGCUGUGUCCCAGCUGUGCCAGGCAGGACUGGGAUAAUUCCAGGCUCAGCUUGCUGUGCAGUGGAGAGGUCCCAGCCCUUGCCCUCCACAUCUCCUCAGCACCUCCCAUGGCUGGUUUCUCCAGUUUUGCAGGUUUUGGCAUCUGCUGUGCUGGCUGAGCAAAGAGCAGGGGGUUGCUGACCCCUCUGUGUGUCAUGAGGACAGGAGUGCUGCAGCCCCCACAGAGUGAUGCCAAAAGUCCUGGAGGUGCUGGGGGUCUGCAGGACCCCUGGGUGUGACACCUGGAGCAGGGAGCAGCACCCCAACACCCACCUGUGCCCAGCCUAACCCACCCAGGGGGGCCCCCAAAGUGUCUUGGGACGCCCCCCUCAAAGUGCCUUUCUCUGUGAACUUCAAACCUGUCUCUUCCAGGAUAUUUUAUUAAGAAAGUUAUACAAAUGUUUAAAGAUAUGCUUAUAAUAAUUAAUAAAAUGGAAAAGCUUUAUUUAAA